AUGGGGAUAUCAAAGGAUGAUCGGAAAGUGAGGGAGAAAGAACAAUGGCCGGAGACUGGGCUGAACUCCCCUCAGUGCCCAUGCCUCAUCCUCUCUCCCUCCACCUUCUUCGACCUCUCCACCGCCAAAACCCACCACCUCCCCCUCAACCUCCCACGCUCCCGAAUCUGCGGUUCCUCUCACGGCUGGCUCAUCACCCUCGACGAAACCCCAUACGUUCGUCUUCUCAACCCCAUCACGCGCGUGACACUCACUCUCCCUCCGCUUCACUCUUUCCCCAACGUCGAGUUCUUCAACUACGCUAACAUCGGAAGAGAGUACUCUAUCAGAAACGCUCAUGGCGCUUUCGAUUCUUUGAGCUUGAUGCAGAUGCGCAGCUCGUUCCUCAGGAAGGUUGUGUUGUCUUCUAGCCCCUUGCAGAGCGAUGACUUCGCCGCGUUCGCCAUGGUUCGUGACCACAAUCUGGCGUUCUGCAAAAAGGGGUUUGAUUCAUGGGUUUUUGUUUGUGGUGAUCUUUACUUCUGGGAAGAUGUUGUUCAUCACGAGAAUGGGUUGUUCUAUGCGAUUGUUCACACGGUGGCGCUGGGGAGAUUCUCCGGUGACAUUCACUACGUUGUGUUUUCCGGGGAGGAUUUGUUGGUGGCCAGUAGGGAGCUGAAGCAGGAGCUUCCUGAUGCGGGAGAUGAAUCAAACCAGGUUUACAGGACGGUUCGGUUCGAGGUUUUGAAGAUGGAUUGGAAGGGGUUGAAAUGGGAUAAGAUUGAAAGUUUGGGAGAUAAGGUGUUGUUUGUUGGGGGGAAUUCUUCGCUUUCGUUUUCUGCUUCUGAUUUUGGGGGAUGUUGUGAAGCUGAUUGCAUCUAUUUCACUGAUGAUUAUUCUGAGUCUAAUCGCGACGAUGCGUGUGGGAAACAUGACUUGGGCAUAUUUAGAUUACAGGAUCAGAGCAUUGAGCCUUUGCCUUGUUAUUCAAGAAAUUCAUAUUCUGGGUUGGGUUGGCCGCUUCCAAUUUGGCUGACUCCAAAUCCAUGUUAA